UUCUCAUGACUUUUAUUUCUCAAACCUAUAUUAUUAUUUCAUACGAAGUAAUCUGUGAAAUAAGUAAAUUAACUGAUUAAUAGAACUGUGGAUCCUUAUACGAAAUAAAACAUUUAUAGCAAUGCAAUUAAAAGAGUAUUGUCGUUCAGGCAAGAACAAAUACUCUGAAGAUUCAUCAACGAUCGUUAAUUAUUUUCUGCUAAUUUCGUUUAAUGUAUUUGUACACGUGUUCGUUGAUUGUGAGUAGAAAUUCUCAUGGCUUUUAUUUGUAGUAUAUUUAUAGUGUAUAGUAUUUGUAGAUUGCUUAUCGUUGUACAAAAUAAAACACUUAUAUUAAUCAAUUAAAAGGAUGCAUUCCUCCACGGAUCGAAAUUCCUUUUAUCAUUUAAGUAUUGCAAUAUUUAUUCAUCUGUGGGAUUUCCUAUAUUUCAUGCAUCGUACAUAUAUAAUACCGUUUCUAUUUUCUAGUUUGUUCAGACAUGCACAAAAUCCGCAGUUUAUGUAUCAGUAUCUUUCUAACAAAUUAUAAAUAUUGUUUUAACCACAGCAUGUUUUGUUUUUUAAUUUUGCUAUGAAAUCAAAUUUUUGUCACUUUGCAAUUUCGCCGACGCGCGUUCAGUAUAAGACAAUUUGGCAGAAGAGGGUUAAUGGGUUAAUCGACGCGGAUUGCUGUACACGUUAAAGUGAACGGUGGACGACAGGGAGGGAACGCGCGGGAGAAAGAGAAGCGCGUCGUUGAGAUUAUUAAAUUAGUGUCCCCAUGACGACCAGUGGUCAAGGAAAUCGGUGUUUCUUGUAACGAGACAGUCGAACUGUAGCUGCGCUUUCGUACGGCUGUCAAACCCACGCGGUUAGAUUACAUCAGAGAGAUUGAGAUAGAGAGAGAGAGAGAGAGAGAGAGAGAGAGACAGACAGAGGUGUCGCGAUCAAGUCUCGCAAUGACCUUAGCUCGCUUAGAACUCACGCGACGGGAAUAAAGUUCGAAUCUGUGGAUCGAUUCCGCGUGGUGACGCGCGAACACCGUCGUCGAUCGCUACGAUUUAUCGCUGGUUUAACGCUCUCGUAUAGAUUACGUAUACACGUUGUGUAUGUCUGCGUCCUCAUCUCCGUCGCCCGUACAGAAGCCGAGCAAGUGUUUAAUGCGGCACGAUAUCACCGAAAGGGAUUUAGAGAUCGGUAACAGAACAAGUUGGAAAGAUGAACUUGUCAACGUUGUUUUGCCUAAAAGGGAAAAGCAAUGGGAGUACGAAGCAAACGUCAAUGAAGCAAGACGAGUUCGGGUGGUGGUUGAGCGACGAGAGCGAUUUAAAGUCGCCGCGAUCCACUCGGAGCAGGACUGACUGCCAGUCGUUGGGAUCAUCUGAAUCCAUGGUCUCGUGCAUAGACUCGGACGACAGUGAGAGCUACUUCCUCGCGCAGGAAUUUAAACAGGAAUGCGGGAACGACAGCUGCGAAAAAAUAGAGCUCACGACUUUGAUUCACGACGACCUGGAUGUGAAUCUUAUCGAAGAGGACGCGAUUAGGAAAACAGAUGAUGUUACGCCGUUUCCAGCGGAGCCUACGAAACGAUGCUACGAUGAUUUGAAAGCGAAGUCCCGCGCACCGCACGGGGUGUGCUACACCCCGGAAAGAUUGGUCAGAUCUCAGGAAUAUCGGAUACUCGCGCCGUCGCCACCGUAUUUGUCCAUUUCUCAACCGAGGAUCGUAGAAGAGAACGAGAAUUCACCGAAGACGUCUCGCUGCCGACGGCGAUUGAAUUAUCUUAUCGAUGCGAAACAAGUUGUUUUAGGUGUGACGGAAUUAAAACCUGAGCCAAAAUUGAAGGAAAUAGUGGCGCCAAUGACCGGUUCGCAUCAGUGGAGAAAUUACAAGCGAGUCUAUUACGGCGGCAAUCUGGCAAAAACUAACAACGAGAACGAAGAAGAGAUGAACGAGAGCGCCUUAAGCAUGUCCAUUCGCAACAAAUCGGACAGUUCGCAAACGUUCGACCCGCUCGUCAAGAAAUCCAGUUACGAUAAAUUGAACGUCACGUGGGAAGACAUCGGCGGAAAAAUGGGUACGCGCAGUUCUUCGUUGGACGACACUUCCGGUAUCCAGAGCAACGAUUGGAGUUCGGAUACGCAUAGCGAUCUGCAGAACACUCCGCUCAGUCUCUGCGACGAAUUGGCGGCGACUAGUUUCAAGCUGGACGUCACGCAGGAACGAUAUACCGCUAUCAAUGAAGUAGUAUCAAUUCUCGAAGUCCUCGACACGAAUCCGGACAAGGCCGCGGUUCUUCUGGAAGAAGAUCGUUUUUGUGAAAGCACCUCGUCGCACGAUCAAUUGACCAGGCUGGCCCUGGCGAUCGAGACGGACGCGACUGUGCCAGUGGACUUCGAAAAGCCAGAGCACUUGGUACACCGUCUUCAAAACAAAGUGAAGACUCUCGAAGCUAAUAGCAAAGACAUUUAUAGAGAUAUAUCGGAUCUACGAAAAAGUUUUCAGUGUGACGAACAGAGGAUGGCCGAUAUUUCGUCACACACGACGAAACUGCGGCAGGACGUCCACGAGCUACGCUAUCUCGACGAUCUUCUGAACCUCCUGCGGGGAGAAGUAGAAAGAAUAUCGAAAAGGAACUGGCCGUUCGUCGUAGCACGUUCAGAUCAUCAUCCCGAGGAAUUAAAUCUCAUUGUGUGAACGAUACAGAAAAACAAUUUAUUUGGAUCGUGUCCGUAGAAUUUAAUGAUAGAAGAGAAAAAAGGAGAGCACGAACGGGAGAUAUUUCCGGGUAGUCCGUAAGAUCAUAAAACACGAUGUCUUGUUAUAUCUACAUACUUACGAGAUAAACGGUUGGAUAUUUUUGUAUGAAACGUGCAACGUUAAGAGCUUUUAUCACUGCCAUGCGUCGAUCCGUCGGGACGUGAAAAAAGUUGUGAGAAAAAAUUUAACAAAUCAUGUAUCGUAGACGAUGAUUGAAAUACAAGUAAAAAAAUUAUUCUAUCACGUUGUUGCUAAAAUGAUGCGACCUCGAAAAAAUAGAAUUAUUUUUCGAUUGUAAAUUGCUUGGAGUAUUUAAAUCCGUGCCUUCAGAAAAUUUAUAUUUAUAUCAGAAGAAGAUUAAUAUAUUUAGAGUCACUCAAAGAAGUAUGCUCACAUUAUGCAAAUUAAUUUUCAUCUGCACGUUUAUUAUUAGAAUAAAUACUAGUAUACGUAAAGCGUUUAUAAAUAUUAGUAGAGUACAUGUACUCGUGUAUUUACAUGUGUCACUACUAUUCACAGAACAACAAAGACUUCUUGACUGACUGUUAAUAACUUCGUGAUUUAGUAUAUUAUUACAUAAAAUCCCUGUAUUUGUUGCCGUUGAAACGAACUGGUCAGUAUUAGUGUUAGUAUUUAAUUGCACAGUAUGCUGGUGUCGUUUAAUUAAAAUUUAUUCGUAGGAUAGUCACUGUAUGGAUCUAACUGUGUAUCGUGUAUACCAUCAGUUUUGCAAUAGAUAAUGUAGGACAUCAUAUUUUUUGUAAGUACGUACUAUUGUUAAAUUAAAGUAAUUAUGGAGCCGAACGGAUAGAUAAAAUUAUGUGAAACGUAUUGAAAAAGUUAUAUGAAAUUCGUUGUGUGAUCUGUGUACCUAAGUACCUAAGUGUGAAUGCUUUGGAAAUGAAUAUUUAUUUGGAGAUUGGAAUAAUCAAAUUAAUGUACCUUCGACUUUUGUACACGUUUUCAUGUACUACGCGUGUUCCCAUUUGUUAAUUACUAGAAGUGAACACUGUCAUACUCGACACAUGGAUAGACCUUGUAAAUUUCGUACCGUUCCCAAUCGUAUUUAUAUACUUUAAUUUUAGAUGCAAUAUUGUUUUGAUAUAGGCAACUGAUUGUUGAAUAAAACGAUUUAUACAAAAUUUCGAUAUGCAUAUAGAUAUUAAUAAAACCAUUUACUAAACA